AUGGACGAGGGAUCUGUCGACGAGUCGAACGACAGCGGCGACGACGACCCCCGAGACGACGACGCGCCGCGACGCGCGGCGGUGAGGAAGACGUACAGCAGCUUCGAGUACGCGUUCGUGCGUCUCACGCUGUUCCUCACCGGCGGGUUCGUCCUCACCGGCGUCGUCGCGUCGCUGACGCUCUCGGCGUUGUUGUUCACGAUGGGCAUGCGCGAAGUGGCUGGAGACGCGGUGACCGCGUGGGCGACGAAUAACCCGGUGGAGCUCGUGACCGCGGCGGUGGGCGCGCUGGACCGGUUCCUCCUCGGGAUGGUGUGCCUGGUGUUCGGCUUGGGGAGCUACGAGCUGUUUUUGGCGCGGUCGAACCGCGAGGGGGAGAUUCGAGACAAGCGCCUGAAGAAGCUGAGCUGGCUGCGCGUGACGAGCAUAGACGACUUGGAGCAAAAGGUUGGCGAGAUCAUCGUCGCGGUGAUGGUCGUCAACCUGCUCGAGAUGUCGCUGCACAUGAAGUACGCCGUGCCGCUCGACUUGGUGUGGGCCGCGCUCGCGGCGUUGGCGUCCGCGGGCGCGCUCGCGCUGUUGCACUGGAGCAGCGGGCACGAUAAACACAAGGGCCCAGGGGGCGAGGGUUCCGGCGCGGGCGCGCACUGA